CAACAAAAAUGGAAGGAUUCUACGAUGGUGAUUUAAAAGACAUUUGGGAUUCCGAUUUAGAUCCGACGGAAUCCCUCAAAAUCUCUACAGAUUCGGACUUACAUGAUUGGUUUAUGGAACGUGAUAUGAAGGAUCCGGCUGUAAUGAUCUUAAAUGACAAGCUCAUGUCAGAUGCUUUAUUUAAUUUGCAACCCAUCAAGUCAGAACACUCCUACAGUUUGAAUAGUGAUGGCGAUUCAUUGCCGGAUUCGCCACGCAGCCUGCAAACGAAAAUGGAUGACAUGGAAGACGAAUGCUAUCCUGCAAUUUCGCUAAAAACCGCAACCAGCAACACAGCACGAUUACGGCAUGACGUAGACAUUUCCAGCGGCGUCGAUCCCAAAUGUCUAGCCAUAUCUGUGGAGUGCGAUGUCACACCGAUGGAAUUGUCCACCGUGGAAACCAGCAACCACGCUACAAGCAAUAGUAAGGGAGCAAAUACAUUGCUCACAACUGCCACAGUCGCCGCCUCCGCAUCAACACCUGCAUCAUUUGGCACACUUAACGUCGCCACCAGCACAGCAACCGGUAGCAACAACCUUACAGCGAGCACAAAUACCCGCCAAACUGCUGCAGCGCUACCCAUACGCUACACAAACGCUGGCAUCUAUGCCAGCCUUAGUAAAAUCAACACCACCGCACCGAUGACAUUCAACCUGCGUACCGCCGAAACGUCGAGUGGCACAUCCAGCAACAGCAGCAGCUCCACUUUCAGCGGCAGCAACACAACUACCAUUACACUGGGUAAACCCGCCGUCGCCACACCGGCAAACCUCCAACAGUACCUACCUCAAACGUCGGUCAGCACAGUUUUUGAACAGAGCAGUUGUCAUACGCCGUCAUCUGUACGCGAAGGCAGCUCCUCGCCCGACAUCUGUUCAGACAUUGAGAUCGAUGAGUCAGCCAUAAAGGAUGAGCCCAUGUCGCCAGAUUCCAGUUGCCCGCCCAGCCCAAACUCGCCAGAAUGUAUGACAAUGGCGAAAAUCUCUCAUUUGGCCGCGCGCUCUAACUCCGAUCUCGUCUUUGAACAUAAGAACGGUUGCCUGCAGCUAACUCCCGCCUCACAGAGCCUACUCAAAGCGCAACAGCUCGCCCUGAACGCCAGCGCCGCCACCAAAGGUCAAAAUAUUUUAAUGCCUAAAUUUAAUAUAAAGUCCGAGAAUGGCUAUAGUAGUGUUAAUGUUCCCGCGAAGCAUAACGGUCAAUAUGGUCUGCCGCUGACGCCACCCUCCUGCUCAUCAAGUGAUGGUGAUUCUGAAGGUAAUUUAACACCGGAACAUAUACUAUCGCCACUUUCGCCCAACACUUCAGUUUCUAUAUCUGUGGCUAACCCUGCAGUCAUUUCGCCCGUUGCUCUACAUUCCGCAAACGUGCCCCGUAGUGCCAGUAGCAGCAGCUCUUCAUCGCCAUCAUCUGCAUCGUCAUCGACAUCAUCCCUGCACGUCGCCGGCCGACAUGCGGCAGGUGGGACUACUGGUUCCACACGUCAGCCUAUACACACCCCGCUUAUUAGCACUCAGCCGAAAGGCUCCACAGGCGUGCUGAUUCUAACCGAAGAAGAGAAACGCACAUUGCAAGCAGAAGGAUAUCCAAUCCCGCAAAAGCUACCACUUACCAAGGCUGAGGAAAAGUCACUCAAGAAAAUCCGAAGAAAAAUCAAAAAUAAGAUUUCCGCACAAGAGAGUCGGCGCAAAAAGAAGGAGUACAUGGAUCAACUAGAGCGUCGCGUCGAAAUACUCGUCAAUGAGAAUAAUGAGCAACGCAAACGUUGUGACGCAUUGGAGCAUACGAAUGCAAAUCUACUAAGUCAAUUGCACAAAUUGCAAGCGAUGCUGAACAAACAGAACAGCAAAAAGAAUGCUUGAGCGGUUCGACGGGAAAGGGAGUUGCAAAUAGAAAGUAUUGACUCCUUCCUUCUCCACCAAAUAGCAGCGAAAUGAAUUUAUUGUGCGAGAAUGUGUAGUGCAGCCAACGCGGGAGCCGGUGUGUAAGAGCAGUGCGACGCAAAGAAAAUGAAUGCUGAAUGCGUGAAUGAGAUGAUUUUGAGCUACCUAUAUAUAAUUAAUAAUGUUAAAUAGUAGUUUAAAACAUAAAUAUUUUAUGAAAUAUUUACACAGAUAGAAACAUUUUAUGCAAUAUAUACGCAUGUACAUAUAUCAAUAUAUGUACGUAUGUAGUAUAUGUAGCAAUUACAUAUGCUUACAAUUUUUUUAAAUAUUUAAAUGCUUGCAAAAUUUGUUUAUCCAAAAUAUACAUAGUAUGUAUAUAAAAUUAUAGGGCUGGAUAGGCUGUUAAAACAAUUACAUAUAUCAUAAAUACGAGUAAAUAUCGUCGUUUAAAGUACAAAACCGCGUAUCAACAAAAUGCAAAACCGCGUAUCAA